CAAAGCCGAACAUGACUAGUUAUUGCCGUCUGCCAGAUGGACUCGUACGCCGCCCAGAACCGGACGAGGCCGUCAUCAGCGGCGCAUUGAUUCGAUCGGCUCUCGGUGCGCCCCUCGACUCCGAACAUCGGCAUGGUAGCUUUUUGUUCGUCUUGCCUUGGGAGACAUGAGUGCCACCAGCGCUUCAUUUAAGCCACGGCCGGCCCAGGUUAACGUCUCCCACAUUUCUUCUCCUCUUGCUCUUUUGACUUGAGUUUUAUUCCCCAAUUGAAGCUUUUGCACCACUCAAACACCUUCAAUACACACAUAUCCAUCCAUCCACCAUGCCGUCUGCUGUGAAGUCGCCGCAGACGCUGUAUGACAAGGUCUUCGAGGACCACAUUGUCGAGGAGAAGGAGGAUGGCACAGUUCUGCUGUAUAUCGACAGACAUCUUGUACACGAGGUGACAUCACCGCAAGCAUUCGAGGGACUCCGAAACGCGGGCCGAAAAGUGCGGAGACCCGACUGCACCCUCGCGACAGUCGACCACACGUCUGACACGUGCCAGAACAUCCCCACAGCAUCGCGCAAGAACCUCACCACGACGGAAAAGUUCAUCGACGAGGCCGACUCGCGCACACAAUGCAUGACGCUCGAGGACAACGUCAAGGCCUUUGACCUCACAUACUUUGGCCUCGACGACAAGCGACAGGGCAUUGUGCACAUCAUCGGCCCCGAGCAGGGCUUCACGCUGCCCGGCACCACCGUCGUCUGCGGCGACAGCCACACGUCGACCCAUGGCGCGUUCGGCGCCCUGGCCUUUGGCAUCGGCACGAGCGAGGUCGAGCACGUGCUGGCCACGCAGACGCUCAUCACACGGCGGAGCAAGAACAUGAGGGUGCAGGUCAACGGCGCCCUGGCUGCGGGCGUCAGCAGCAAGGACAUCAUCCUGCACGUCAUUGGCAUCAUCGGCACUGCGGGCGGUACCGGCGCCGUCAUUGAGUUCUGCGGCUCGGCCAUCCGUGAGCUGAGCAUGGAGGCGCGCAUGUCCAUCUGCAACAUGUCCAUCGAGGGCGGUGCGCGCGCGGGCAUGGUCGCCCCGGACCAGAUCACCAUCGACUACCUCAAGGGCCGCCCGCUCGCCCCCAAGGUCGACAGCCCCGAGUGGAAGAAGGCCUGCAACUACUGGCUGGGCCUGCGCUCCGACGACGGCGCCAAGUACGACAUUGAGGUCAACAUCGACGCCAAGGACAUUGCGCCGACCGUCUCGUGGGGCACGUCGCCGCAGGACGUCGUUCCCAUCACCGGCGUGGUGCCCGGGCCCGACGACUUUGAGGAUGAGGUCAAGAAGCAGGCCUGCGAGCGCGCCCUCAAGUACAUGGGCCUGACUGCCGGCACGCCUAUGCAGGAGGUCCAGGUCGACAAGGUCUUCAUCGGCUCCUGCACAAACGCCCGUAUCGAGGACUUGCGGGCUGCCGCACGCGUCGUCGAGGGCAAGAAGAUUGCCUCCAACAUCAAGCGCGCCAUGAUCGUUCCUGGGUCUGGUCUCGUCAAGCGACAGGCUGAGGCCGAGGGUCUCAACAAGAUCUUCUCCGACGCUGGCUUUGAGUGGAGAGAGGCUGGCUGCUCCAUGUGCUUGGGCAUGAACCCCGACAUUCUGUCCCCUGGCGAGCGCUGCGCGUCGACAUCGAACCGAAACUUCGAGGGACGACAGGGUGCCGGUGGACGAACACAUCUCAUGUCCCCCGUCAUGGCCGCCGCCGCCGCCAUCGUAGGAAACCUGGCCGACGUACGAAAGCUCGCUCCUCCAACACACGCCUCCGCAAAGGGCUCGCCCAAGAUCGAGCUCGACGCACAUGUCCAAGAUGUUGACGGCGACGACGAACUAGAGAGCAUCAUGGAUCUCCCUGCCGACUCGCAAUCUCACCCCUCGUCCACCAACACCGCCGGCGCCACAGCUGGCAUGCCAAAAUUCGAAACCCUCCGUGGCUACGCAGCACCCAUGGACAUUGCCAACAUCGACACCGACGCCAUCAUCCCCAAGCAGUUCCUCAAGACCAUCAAGCGCUCCGGUCUCGGCUCCGCGCUCUUCCACGCAUGGCGCUACGAAGCCGGAUCCAACGACGAGAACCCCGAUUUCGUCCUCAACAAGGAGCCAUGGAGACAAUCCAAGACACUGAUCUGCACAGGGCCGAACUUCGGCUGCGGAAGCAGCCGUGAACACGCACCCUGGGCACUCCUAGACUUCGGCAUCAAGUGCAUCAUCGCGCCCAGCUUCGGCGACAUCUUCUUCAACAACACGUUCAAAAACGGCAUGCUGCCCAUCCAAAUCACCGACACGGCGGCCCUGCAGCGCAUCGCCGCAGAGGCAAAGGCCGGCAAGGAAAUCGAAGUCGAUCUCGUUAACCAGGUUGUGCGCGAUGCUGAGGGGAGCGAAUUGGCCAAAUUCGACGUCGAGCAGUUUAGGAAACAUUGCCUUGUUAAUGGGCUGGAUGAUAUCGGCCUCACGAUGAGUAGUGUGGAUAAGAUCGAGACGCAUGAGAAGAAACGCACUAGUGUGUGGCCGUGGCUUGAUGGCAGUGGGUAUUUGGCUAGGCAUGGGAAGGGCCCGGUUAAGAUUGAGGCUAAGCCUGUUCCUAAGACGAAUCGUGGGGAGGUUAUUGGGGAGCCGUUGGAGUGGUAG